CACGCCGCGCAGCGCGCAGCUCCGUGGCGGCUGGUUGGUUACCUUGGAAGCGAAGCAGUCUGCCUCCGCGCCGCGCCGCGUCCGAACGUCCGCCCGGGUGGCUGGAGGAGCACUGUGUAAGCACAGAGUCGCACUGCGCUCACUGCGCGCUCCCAUGCCAGGCGCGACCUGAGUGUGUCCGGUCGCCUUGAUCGCCCAGCCGGUGAAGAUGGGAUGCCGAAUGCACGGAUUUUCCCUGAGUAACGGGGCGUGGUGCGUGCUGCUGCUGGCGGCGCUGCAGGCCGGCAGGGCGGCGUGCUCGCUGUCGGGGCUGUACAUCGACAACGGCGUGGACCAGACGCUGAUGCAGCGCUCCCUCACCAAGCACGAGCGCCAGGAGGUGGAGCACGAGAUCCUGUCGCUGCUCGGGCUGCCCGACCGGCCGCGGCCGCCGCAGCCGUCGCGGUCCGCGCCGCAGUUCCUGCUGGACGUGUACCAGUCCCUGGAGGAGACCAGCAGCCUGUUGCACCGCCGGGACAUGGCGCACCUGCAGGGCGACUUCAACCUGACGGGCAACGACCAGACCGCCAUCGACGAGAGUGACGUCAUCAUGACCUUCACCAGUCACAAUAAGCACGUGAGCGGGCUGCGCCACGAGCGCGGCAAGCGGCUGUGGUUCGACCUGUCCGAGGUGCCGGCCGGCGAGGGCAUCAUGGGCGCCGAGCUGCGCCUGUACCAGCGACCCGCGCCGCCGGACGCCCCCGUGGUGGGCGACGGCACCUACACCAUCUCGGCGUACCUCGUCGUCAGCGUGGAGCACGGGGAGAAGGAGCUCGAGUUCGUGGACGCCGUCAACACGACGCACUCCAACCAGGGCUGGCACGUCUUCAACAUGACGGGGCCCUUCACCAACUGGGUGGCCUUCCCCAACUCCAACCUGGGCCUGUACCUCUCCGUGAGGUCCUCCGAGCGGCCGGGACAUGACCUUCGGCCGGAGGACAUCGGGCUGGUGAGCGCGGCCGGCGAGGAGGAGAAGCAGCCCUUCAUGGCGGCCUUCCUGAAGGCGAGCCCCGCCAACGCCAAGGUGCGCGCCACCAGGGACACGGGGCGCCGCCGCCUCAAGAAAGCGGACGUCACUGCGUCCGAGCCGAAUCUCCCCAGGAACCCUUUCGCUGAUAGAUCAUUGUGGUCUGCAAGAACGUGCCAGAUCAAAAACUUGUAUGUCAGCUUCAAGGAUUUGGAUUGGCAGGACUGGAUCAUAGCACCAGAUGGAUACGCAGCAUUUUACUGCAGUGGCGAGUGCAAUUUCCCCUUAAAUGCACACAUGAAUGCCACCAACCAUGCCAUUGUGCAAACUUUAGUUCACCUAAUCAACCCAACGGCUGUGCCUAAGCCAUGCUGUGUGCCAACCAAGCUCACACCAAUCAGUGUGCUAUAUUUCCUUGACGACUCAAAUGUUGUUUUAAAAAAGUACAAGAACAUGGUAGUGAAGAGUUGUGGGUGCCAUUAAAAUGCAGCAGUUCCUCAAAGCUGUGUUACCAAUCCGUCCAUAUGUCUUAAAAAAAUAAAAAAAUUGUGAUCUUAAUUUAAGUAGAAAACAAAAUGUUGACUGAUAUCACUCUGACUGCUAAGUUCAUUUUUUAAAAUAUAUAUUUGUUUUAACUUGAAGUGCUGUAGGUUAAGAUCGUACUACUUUUAAAUGUGUAGGUACUUUAUUUUGAAUUGACUUGAGACGAGUGACUUUGUUCUGCAUAAACAAAGAACCCUUGUUUUAUGCAUGUUUGCAUUUCAUUUUGAGAUUCUAUUCUCAGACUUUCUGUGCCUUCUUGUCUGGUCAGAUGAAGGAGAACUUAAGUAAAGUAACCUUUAAUAUUGAAGUACCUGUUUAAACUAUGUUUUUCAAUUGAUCUGAGUAACAACUCUUAUUUGUGUCCUUUCACCAGUCACAUAUUUAAACCAAUUUAUGCUGUGUUUGUAAAUAGUGCAUCAAUUGAAUCUUUCACCCCUUUGUAUAUUAAAGUUCUUUCAAAACUG